GAAAAACAGGGCAUGUUAUGACACCAGGAUGCCUGGUGCAUAAGUGAGCAGGUACGUAGGCAUAUGCCUGGAUGUAGGCACAAUGUUUGAAGAUGCUUGAUUUCCCAAGGAAGCCUUGAACUUACCUGUAGAAGUCCUGCUAGAGCUUUUGAACUUUGUAAAAAUGCAGUUCAAAAUUCACCUCCUGCUCCAGAAGUACAAAUAAGGUUUUGCAACCAGCUCAUGAGAUGCUCAUCUUCCCAUUGCAACAUGGUGUCUCUGUCUUAAGAAAGAGUUUUUUGGAAAACAUCUGUGAGUUACCUGGGCUUGCAUGCUUAUGCUUGGUAGGUGUACAGUGCAGUACCCCUUAGGUGAACCACCUUCUAUUGAGAACAGCAUUGCCACUGUCCCUCACCAGGUGGGGACAACAGACACUGAGCAACAGCCACAGCAGCAAGAUGUCAGAGGUAGAAAAUACUUUCCGUAAAUUUGCAAUAUAUGGUGACACAUCUGCCAGUGGCAACGACAUGACGGGGAAAAACUUCUCCAAGAUGUGCAAAGAGUGUGGCGUGAUGGAUGGGAAAGCCGUGACCAGCACUGACAUUGACAUCGUAUUCAACAAAGUCAAGACUAAGGGUGCCCGCACCAUCACCUUUGCUGAAUUCCAGCAAGCCAUGAAGGAGCUCUGUGGCAAGCGCUUCAAGGGCAAAUCGCCAGAGGAAGCGCUGCAGGCUGUGUAUGGCCUCAUUGAGGGGAAGGAGCCCGGCAGCGUGGGUGCCACGAAAGCCACCAAAGUUGGUGGGGUCGAGAGGCUGACGGACACUAGCAAAUACACUGGCAGCCACAAAGAGCGUUUUGAUGAAAGUGGCAAAGGGAAGGGUCUUGCUGGGCGCCAGGAUCUGACAGACAACAGCGGCUACGUUGGAGCCUACAAGGGAGCUGGCACGUAUGACCAGAAGCACUAGGACUGAAACUGCUUAAGGAAACAAGGACUUUUCCCCUAUAACAUAGGAGGAGAAGCAAAUAAACAUUUCAUGCAAC